AUGUUCUUGAACGCCUUGGGGUACUAUAUUUCCAGCACAAAUCAGCAUGUUAAAACUUCAAAAGUUCCUAAAUCUGUUUCAGAUGACGGUCGAUCAACGAGCCCGAGAUUGCUGCUUAAUGUACUUAUUAAGAUAAGGAUUAAAAUAAGUGAGCGACUGAGAAUUGAAGAGCAAAUUGAUUAUAGGGCAUCAAUUUUUGAAUGUCUACCGUAUUCCCUCUUAUAUAUUUAA